GGCUCGGGUACAUGUAGGUGAUUAGGUAUGUCGCAAUGUCGCUCUCCUGUUAACUCAGACUACGUUAGGUUUCGUCUGCAGUUUCUUAAUAUAAAUUGGACUUAGGACUACUGUUCUACACGGAGAGUUUAGCCUGUUGCUAUCUGUGUGGAUGACAGAAAUGGCAGGCAAUGCAGUGGUGGUGAUGAGGCUGCUGGCUUCAGCCUACAGUGUGGCAGAGAAAGCAGGAGCGAUUGUAAGGAAAGUGCUGCACAGUGGAGAACUGGGGAUCGUUGAGAAGACAGGGGCUGAUGACCUACAGACCCUGGCAGACAGACUUGCUCAGAAGAGUAUAUGUGCCUCACUUUUAAAGGUCUUCCCUAAAGUCACCAUCAUUGGCGAGGAGGAUCUGCCAUUUGAGGCAGUGGAAGAGGACCUGAUUGAGACUGGUCAGUACGAUGGAAUAUUACAAAAGACUUGUCCUGAUGAAUACAGCAAGUUAAAGGAGGAGGAGCUAGUUGUGUGGGUCGAUCCUCUAGAUGGCACUAAAGAAUACACUGAAGCUGCAUACAUAUUGAAAAGGCCAGUUGUCUGUGUGAAUUGGCUUGAGGCCCACAGAUCUACAACAAGGCUCCUGGAUCAUGUGACUGUGCUAAUAGGCAUUGCUUAUAAAGGAAAGGCGAUUGCAGGAGUCAUCAAUCAGCCCUUCUACAACUACGAGGCGGGUCCGGGGGCCACUUUAGGCCGAACUCUUUGGGGAAUGUUGGGUUUGGGAUCCUUCGGGUUUCAGCUACAGGAAGUCCCAGAAGGAAAACGCAUCAUCACUACCACACGAUCUCACAGCAACAAACUUGUUACCGAUGCUGUUCAAGCCAUGGAUCCUCAUGAUGUCAUCAAAGUAGGAGGAGCUGGAAAUAAGAUUAUUCAGCUGGUUGAAGGAAAAGCAUCUGCGUAUGUGUUUGCCAGUCCGGGCUGUAAGAAGUGGGACACCUGCGCAACUGAAGCCAUUCUGCAUGCUGUUGGAGGAAAGCUGACGGACAUGCACGGGAAUGCUUACCGAUACGAUGCCAAUGUGAAGCACAUGAACUCUGCUGGUGUGUUAGCCACACUGCGGGAUCAUCAGUUUUACGCCAGCAGAGUUCCUCAGUCUGUCCUCAAGGCCCUGCAGACUGACUGAAAGUGUCACAGCGGUGUUAUGGAAGUCGUUCUGCCUUCCAGGUUGAUUCCCUUCAACUGAACUACAGUAGUUAGAAAAGCGGUUAAUAACUGCACACUGUCUCUGCUAUCAGUGACAAUACAUCUGAGAUGGUAACUAGACACAACUUUUAGUUAUUAUUAAUAUAUAUUUUUAAUCUCAGCAUUCUCAAAAUUGUCUAAUCUGCCUAAUUGUCUAAGUUUUUAUGUUGCAUUAACCGGUGAUGUACAUUACCCUGUUUGUGUACAUUUAUUGACCGUAGCCCACAGGGCAUACAAACUGUAGUUAUGCUGUCGACAUUUAUAUCGGAAAGAGUGACAUCCACCCGGGUGUUUUUGUUCUCUCUGAUAUUAACUGACACCCGGAGAAACAUUCCUCCCUUCCCUAUCUCAUGUCUUUUUUUUUUCUUUUUUUUUUCUCAUCUCAAAUUUUCUGCUUGAGGGAUGUGACUGCCCUUACAUUCUGGCACAAUAAAUGUACUGUAGAAUGUUUGAACAUCAUUAAAGUGACAUUUUUCAAAAUA